GUUGGACACAUGACUCCAUAAACAAAAAAUAUAUAAAUCGCCGAACAUCUCUUUAUUGUUGCAGAAGUACAAAGCAGCGUCUCAUUGACUGGGAGCAUCAUGAACUUCCUCACGUUGCUAGCCCAUCUUGCGGGACUGGCCUCGUCUGCCGCCGCUACGAAUCCCUCCUGUCGAUAUAUUCCAGGUGAUGCAGGAUGGCCAGAUGACAGCAAAUGGACAUCAUUGAACCGUACUGUCCACGGCCAGCUUAUCCGAACACUGCCUGCUGGCCACGUUUGCCACGAUCCCACUUACAACGAAGCGUUGUGCAAGGACCUCCAGGCCAAAUGGGGCGACCCCUUCUUCAAAACUAGCUUGGUAGAAGGUGUCCUGACGCCCUCAUUUGUCAACAAUUCCUGCGACCCAUUUGGUCACCGCGACGACCCAUGUGAGAUUGGCGGUUAUACUCAGUACAGCAUUAACGUGACGAGCCCUGAAGAUGUCGCCGCUGGUAUUGCGUUUGCGCGGCGCCACAAUGUCCGCAUCGUUGUCAAGAAUACUGGUCAUGACUUUCUUGGACGAUCAUCAGCAUUCGGCAGCUUGUCGCUCUGGACACACAACCUCAAGAGCAAACACGUCAUUGACAACUACAAAAGCAAGGGAUACAACGGUCCGGCUCUUAAAGUCGGAGCUGGUGUCCAGGUUCGCGAGGCAAACGAGUUCAUCGACAAGCAUGGCUACAUGAUGGUUGGUGGCGAAUGCCCUUCGGUUGGUCUAUCGGGAGGAUACACUGCCGGUGGUGGCCACGGACCACUGAGCAGCGAAGUUGGUCUGGCUGCCGACCAGACACUCGAGUUUGAAGCCAUUACAGCGGAUGGCAAGCUGAUCCGUGCUGCACCGGAUGAGAAUGAGGACCUCUACUGGGCGCUGAGUGGCGGCGGCCCGGGCUAUGCUGUGGUAUGGUCGGCUACGUACCGCAUCUUCCCUGACAGAAAAAUGGUUGGCACAAACCUCAUCUUUGACAAGAGUGACAGGAAGACGGCGGACCAAGACUACUGGGAUGUGAUUGAAUUCUGGCACAGCAUGGCUCCCAACAUCACGGAUACUGGCGGCUACACUUAUACGGGCUACAACGACAGCCACUUUGAAAUGACGCCGCUAUUUUCGCCCAAACAGACCCGUGAGCAAGUUUUGGCUCUUCUUAAGCCACUACACGACAAGCUGGAUUCUCUGGGCAUGAAGUACACCUCCAACACUACUGAAUGGAGCGGUUAUCUGCCGGCAUGGAGGGAGUACUUCAACUGGAACGAGGGUGGCGUGCAGGAUAACCAUGGUGGUAGCCGUUUGAUCCCUCGCAAGGUCAUUCUAGAGAAGCCCAAGGAACUCAAUGCCGUCAUUCGCAAACUCACUGUAGAAAUCGGCGCUGUACAGGAGAUGACGAUUGGCGUCAAGUCGCCUAGCAACAACAACAAUGCGGUCAACCCGGCCUGGAGAGACGCCGACAUCUUUUUCCUCAUUUCUGAGCUGUUGCCUGAAUACACUGCUGCUGGCAUUGAUGAUCGCUUGACACAUGGCUGGGCUGACUUGCUGCGUGAGGUGGCACCGAACAGUGGCACGUACAUGAAUGAGGCCGAUGUCUACGAAGUCAACUGGCAGCAGUCCUUUUACGGUGACCACUACCCAAGACUUUUGCAGAUUAAGCACAAGUAUGAUCCCCAUGCUGUGUUUUAUGGCACCACCAUGGUGGGAAGUGAGGCCUGGCAGCGAAAGGAUGAUGGAAGACUCUGCCGAACAUGAGGUUGGAUUUGACUAUAAAGGAAGUUUCUGUAUAUACGCCAGUCACUACAUAUUUGCUGGUAGAAUAGAUUUACAAUAG